AUGAGAGAUUGUAGGGAAGCUCCUACCUCCAUUGGAAUGUCAUUAAAGUUUGCAAAUUUUACUGGGAGUGGUGGAGGAAUUGGAAUGGGAACAGAAUCGAGUGCUGCAAAAUCAAUGAGAUCGAAGGCAAAGCUCAUCGAGCUUAAGUCGCGUUCGAAGCCGGUGAAAACUGUCUGUAAAGAAAGAAGGAAAUCAAACGAUUUUCAAAGACUAAUCAAUGAUGAAAAUUUAUUUUUUCGACGUAAUCUUGAACUUGAGUUGAGAUAUUUACGCUUCGCGCAUCAUUUGGUUUUCAUUAUAACUUUAAGCUUAAUUCACAUCAACAUUCCUGGAUUAAUAUUAAAAAAAAUGUUCAAGAGUAAGAGAAGAAGAAAGCUCUUUAGAAGACCUUUGAACUCUGUUGAACCGAAUAAUUUAACUUCCUAUCUACCAAAGAGAAAAAAUUGGUAG